UUAAUGUACAAAACGAAUAUCAACUUGCAUCUUCACCUAGAUAGAUCACCCAGAUGAGCAAACAAACAGCACCAAGCUCAAACGUGCUCUUUAGGUUAUCGGGGCCUGACCUUUUGCUUUUUCUCUGAUUGUUAUAUGUAUGUUCUUGGCAGGUAGUUUUCACUUGAAGGAAGAGAUUGACCAUUAUAUACAAAUAUGUCUGGGUCAACAAAAGUAUUGGAUCCUGCAUUUCAAGGAGCCGGGCAGAAACCAGGGACUGAAAUCUGGAGAAUCGAAAAUUUUCAGCCAGUUCUAGUGCCCAAAUCUGAACAUGGAAAGUUCUAUAUGGGAGAUACUUACAUCGUCUUGCAGACAACACAGAAUAAGGCGGGUGCGUAUCUAUUUGAUAUACAUUUUUGCAUUGGUAAAGAUACUAGCCAGGAUGAAGCUGGAACAGCAGCUGUGAAGACGGUUGAACUUGAUGCAGGUCUUGGAGGCCGAGCUGUCCAACACCGUGAAAUUCAAGGUCAUGAAUCUGACAAGUUCUUGUCUUACUUCAAGCCUUGCAUUAUACCGCUAGAGGGUGGUGUCGCCUCUGGAUUUAAAAAACCCGAGGAGGAGAAAUUUGAAACCCGGUUGUAUACGUGCAAAGGGAAACGUGCUGUCCACUUGAAGCAGGUUCCUUUUGCUCGCUCAUCACUGAAUCAUGAUGAUGUGUUUAUCUUGGACACCAAGGAAAAGAUUUAUCAGUUUAAUGGUGCAAAUUCAAAUAUCCAAGAAAGAGCUAAAGCGUUGGCAGUCGUCCAAUAUUUGAAAGACAAGUUUCAUGAAGGGACAUGUGACGUUGCUAUCGUUGAUGAUGGGAAAUUAGAUACAGAAUCAGAUUCUGGCGAGUUCUGGGUCCUCUUUGGGGGCUUUGCUCCAAUCGCAAGGAAAGUUGCUAGUGAGGAUGACAUUAUUCCGGAGACAACUCCGCCUAAGCUUUAUAGUAUCGCUGAUGGUGGUCAGGUUUGGUUCAUUGAUGGUAAGUCCAAGAUUCCUCUAUCCAAAGAUGAUGUUGGAAAAUUCUAUUCUGGGGACUGCUAUUUGGUCCUUUACGCCUACCAUUCUGGUGAAAGGAAAGAAGACUACUUCUUGUGCUGUUGGUUUGGAAAGAAUAGCAUUCAGGAGGAUCAAGAGACGGCAGUCCGUCUGGCGAGCACAAUGACAAAUUCGUUGAAGGGAAGACCAGUGCAGGCCCGUAUAUAUGAGGGUAAAGAGCCUCCACAAUUUGUUGCGCUUUUUCAACAUAUGGUGAUCCUUAAGGGUGGUUUGAGCUCUGGUUACAAAAAUAGUGUGACAGAGAAAGGUUCAACAGACGAAACGUACAUGCCGGAAUCAAUUGCACUUAUUCAAGUGUCUGGAACUGGAGUUCACAAUAACAAGGCAUUACAAGUUGAACCGGUGGCAACUUCUUUGAACUCUUACGAUUGCUUCCUUCUACAAUCUGGUACUUCAAUGUUCCUAUGGCAUGGAAAGGAAAGUACGCAUGAGCAGCAAGAACUGGCGGCUAAAGUUACUGAAUUCUUAAAGCCUGGGAUUACUAUCAAGCACGCUAAGGAAGGAACGGAAAGCUCAUCCUUUUGGUUUGCACUUGGGGGAAAGCAGAACUUCACCAGCAAGAAGGUUUCCCCUGAGACUGUCAGGGAUCCUCACCUGUUCUCCUUUUCAUUCAACAGAGGAAAAUUCCAGGUACAAGGAAAUUCCUUCCAGAAGAAGGCAGCAUCAUUACUUGGUACACACCACGUUGUGCAGGACCAAUCUAGCGGUGGAAACCAAGGACCAAGGCAAAGGGCUGCUGCUCUGGCUGCCUUGACUUCCGCAUUUAACUCUCCUUCUGGAAAGACAAGCUCUCCGAACCGGGACAGAUCAAAUGGAAAUCAAGGUGGUGCAAGACAGAGGGCUGAAGCGUUAGCCGCAUUAUCAUCCGCGUUCAACUCUUCACCAUCAUCAAAUUCACCUCCACAAAGACCAGGAUUGACAACUCGAUCGUCACAAAGAGCAGCAGCACUGGCUGCUCUCUCGCAAGUUCUCACUAAUGAGAAGAAGAAAUCAUCUGAUACCAGCCCUUCCGCUGAAGCUGAAGAUGAGAAACCCUUCUCAGAAGAAUCUGCUGAAGCUAAGGAAGAAGAGGAAGUUUCACCUGCAGCAGACGUGAUUGCUGAGGAAGCAGGAACAACUGGAGCAACUUUCACCUACCAACAGCUACAAGCCAAAUCUGACAAACCAGUGAAAGGAAUUGACUUCAAACGCAGAGAGGCUUACUUGUCCGAGGAAGAGUUCAAGACUGUAUUUGGGAUGGAGAAAGAAGCAUUCUACAAAUUGCCUAGGUGGAAGCAAGAUUUGCUGAAGAAGAAAUUCAACUUGUUCUGAGAUAUCUCCAGAUUAAGUUCAGAUAAUUGAGAACGAAGGCAAUAUUUGUCAUUGUAUUACAUGUUAUGUAGUGACCUCAAAUGCUGCAGCUUUGAAGACAACGACCAGUUCGUUUUGUUUUUGUUUUUAUUUUGUUUCUUCCUUUCUUAUUGUUUUGGUUUACUUGGGAGUUUCUUCGUAUUGUUUUGGUUUUUCAGAAAGAAAAAUAUGCUCUUCAUGGGUGGCUUUGGGUUUGAUUCUUCAUAUUCUCAUCACAGUGAUGUGUUAUUGUAAUCAUUGAUUGCUGUGCUUUCGCAUUUUUUGUUGGUCAACAGUUGUGUGGUGGUGGUUAGUAAAUUCUUUGAUUUGAAUUUCACA